AUGGCCAUUUCUGUGUCCAAGAAGAGAUCUAGACUACCCAAAAAGGCAGAAGCAGAAGAACUUGGUUCCUUCAUUUCAGUUCUAUCCAAACUUCUAUGUAGAAUCCCUGCGGUGCUUCUCGUUUUAGUCCUUCUCUUCCUAUGGUCUUCUUCCACCACCAUUAUCUCCGGGAACAUUGUCCACGUGUGCGUGUCUUCCCGGAGGCUUAACAACCUCUACUGCCUCUCUGCUGGAACCCAACCUAAUUUUGAAAUCCCAGUUUCGAUCGUCCACAAUACUUCUAGUAGUACUAGUACUACUCCAGAGAUGGUGGAUGUUUUUGUUGAAAACCCGGUUCCAAUUGCAGAUAACAGCACUGGAAAUGAAAGAGAUGAGGUUGAGAAUGCUGUUAAGAUAGUUGAAGAGCAGCUUCGGGCACAUCGAUCCUGGACGGCAAAUGGGAAUACUGGUGACUGCAAUGGGAGGGGGGUGUUUGUGUAUGAUCUGCCACCAAAGUUCAAUAAAGAGUUGGUGGAUCACUGUUAUGAUAUGAUUCCAUGGAUGGACUUCUGUAAAUAUUUGAGCAACGAGGCGUUGGGAGAGCCGAUACUGAAGCUUGGAAAGGGAUGGCACCAGACUCAUCAGUAUUCUCUGGAACCAAUAUUUCAUUCCAGGGUUUUGAAGCAUCCUUGUAGGGUUUACAAUCAGAAUGAAGCAAAGCUCUUCUAUGUCCCAUUCUAUGGUGGACUAGACAUCCUGCGAUGGCACUUCAAGAAUGUUUCCAGUGAUGUCAAGGACACCUUGGGGUUAGAACUCAUACAGUGGCUUGAGUCUCAGCAGCCAUGGAUUCGAAAUUCAGGUAAGGACCAUGUGUUUGUUUUAGGCAAAAUCUCUUGGGAUUUCAGGAGGAAUAACAAAAUUUCAUGGGGGACUAGAUUUCUAGAGCUUGAUCAAAUGCAGAACCCAAUAAAGCUCUUGAUAGAGAGACAACCAUGGCAUAUGAACGACAUUGGCAUCCCACAUCCUACUCACUUCCACCCCCAUUCAGACGACGAUAUCAUCACAUGGCAGCUCAAAAUCAUGCGGUCCAAGCGCAAAAACCUAGUGAGUUUUGCAGGCGCUGCAAGGCCAGGUGCACCAGAAAACAUAAGGUCGAUACUGAUCAAACAGUGCACUUCAUCAGAUACCGGAAAAUGCCAGUUUCUGAACUGCGAUUCAGGUGAUUGUCGUCAGCCUGAAUCUAUCAUUGAGCUGUUCAUGGAGUCGGAAUUCUGCUUACAGCCUCCUGGAGACAGCCCCACAAGAAAAUCAGUAUUUGACUCUCUGGUAUCAGGCUGCAUCCCAGUUCUGUUCGAUUCAUUCACAGCAUACUACCAGUAUCCAUGGCAUUUACCAGAGGAUCAUACCAGGUAUUCAGUGUUCAUAGACCAAGAAGAUGUGAGAUCAAUGAAGAUGAAUGUGGUGGAGAGGCUGAUGAAGGUUUCAGUGAGGGAAAGAGAGGACAUGAGGAGAUACAUUGUGUAUGAACUGUUGCCUGGAUUGGUGUAUGGAGAUUCAAGUUCUGAGUUUGACAAGUUCCAGGAUGCAUUUUCCAUCAGCAUGAACAACCUUCUCGAAAGGAUCAGCAGAUUGGAUUCAACUUCUGUAAAUUAA